AUGGUUUAUUAUAAAUUAUUGUUUUCUUGUGAGAAUAAAAUGUUGAGGCAAUUUCAACAGGAGGAACAAAUUAUGAGUAUUUAUAUAUUAAUAAUCUUAAAAAAGGUGGCACAUUUCUUUCGUUUGUUCAAGUUGCUAAACAUAAAUAAAUGAAAUAUAUUUUAGAGGUGAUGAUUAAGUAGAUGUAGCUAAUUUUAGAGGAUAAUGCAACUUUUAAAUGAAAUGUAAAACAUUUGCAA